GUACUGAAAACAGAUGGAGCCAAAUAGUGGAAGAAGAGCUGGGUGAAGCCUCCACUUCUACUCAAACUACCCCCAAAGAAAAAGCAUAUAAUAAAGAAAGGCAGAAUGAAACAAUACAAAUACUGAAGAAUAAUGCAUCAGAACAAUAUAACUUUGGCAUAGCAAGAAUAAAUAACAGUGAUAAAGAGAUAUUUACCUUUGAUCAAGACACUCAAGAAGAACAAAGCACCUGGCAAACA